AUGGAGCCAGCAACCUGGGUGUGCGCCCCGACCCGGCAUCCAGCCCGAGAACCCGAGGCGUGGAAGGAUGCCGGUCUCCCGCUCUCCACCCCGAGCAACGAGGCCUGCAGGCUGUUUGAUGCCACCCUGACCCAGUAUGUAAAAUGGACCAAUGACAAGACCCUUGGUGGCAUCGAGGGCUGCCUGUCGAAGCUGAAGGCAGCAGAUCCGACCUUCGCGAUGGGCCAUGCCAUCUCUAAUGGCCUCGUGCUGAUCGGCACCGGGAGCUCCGUGAGGCUGGACAGAGAGCUGGACCUGGCCGUGAGGAGCAUGGUGGAGCUUUCCCAGGCCCAGGCGCUGACUCAGCGUGAGCAGCUGCACGUGUCCGCGGUGGAGGCCUUCGCCAAGGGGAACUUUCCCAAAGCCUGCGAACUGUGGGAACAGAUUCUCCGGGACCACCCGACGGACAUGUUGGCCCUGAAGUUUUCCCACGACGCCUACUUUUACCUGGGCUACCAGGAGCAGAUGCGGGAUUCCGUGGCCCGAGUUUACCCCUUCUGGACACCUGACAUCCCCCUUAGCAGCUAUGUGAAGGGCAUCUAUUCCUUUGGAUUGAUGGAGACCAACUUCUACGACCAGGCAGAGAAGCUCGCCAAAGAGGCUCUAUCUGUGAACCCCACAGACGCGUGGUCAGUGCACACUCUUGCCCACGUUCACGAGAUGAAGGCGGAGAUCAAGGACGGGUUAGACUUCAUGCAGCGCUCAGAAGCCCACUGGAAGGACUCUGAUAUGCUCGCUUGUCACAAUUACUGGCACUGGGCUUUGUAUCUGAUUGAAAAGGGCGAGUAUGAGGCCGCGCUGACCGUCUACGACGAUCACAUCCUGCCCAGCUUGCGGGCCAGUGGCGCCAUGCUGGACGUGGUGGACACCUGCUCCAUGCUGUACCGGCUGCAGAUGGAAGGGGUGGCUGUGGGCGAGCGGUGGCGGGAUGUCCUGCCCGUGACCCAGAAGCACAGCCGCGACCACAUCCUGCUGUUCAACGACGCACACUUCCUGAUGGCGUCCCUGGGCGCUCGGGACACCCAGACCACGCAGGAGCUGCUGACCACCCUGCAGGAGGCCAGCGAGUCCCCCGGGGAGAACUGCCAGCACCUCCUGGCCCGCGACGUGGGGCUGCCCCUGUGCCAGGCCCUGGUGGAGGCCGAGAGUGGAAACCCCGACCGCGUGGUGGAGCUCCUCCUGCCCAUACGCUACCGGAUCGUCCAGAUCGGAGGCAGCAACGCCCAGAGGGACAUCUUCAACCAGCUACUGGUCCACGCGGCCUUACAGUGCACCUCGGGCGCCCACAGGAACGUGGCUCGGAGCCUUCUGAUGGAGCGCGACGCCCUGAAGCCCAACUCGCCCCUGACGGAGCGGCUCAUCCGCAAGGCGGCCGCUGUCCACCUCCUGCAGUGACACCUGCUGCCCCAGCUGCCAGAUGGGCUGCCCCGCUGGCGUCCUAGGCUUAGGAGACAUGCCCAGUAGUUAGGCCUGCUCGGGGAGUCUGCAGCUUUAACCAGAAAGUUCUGUGGCCCGCAGCUACAGGAAGAGGGGCCGCUAAUCUAUGUAAACACGAUUCAGAAUCUUCUGCUAGUUCUUGUUAAGGGCCAAGGUGCAGUUUUACGUGGUCAGAACCGAUGUGGGUGCUGCUGUUAACCACGGGCCUUGCAAACUGUAUUUUCUCAGGGGACCUUGCACCUCCUGGUUGUUCAAGGGUUGGAAGCAGGGGUGGGGUGUGGGGGUGGCUCAGCUGGGGAGGAGAGUCUUCACAGCCCCUGGGGGCACCCCCAUCCCAGGCUGCCCAUGGGAUAAACCCUCGUCUUCCAGGCAGGUUCUAUUGUGCAUUUUGGGGGUGAGGGAACCAAUGAGGGCGGCAGUGACUUGCCCAGGUCACAGCUAGUGGAGGCCCUGCAGAGACUUGCCUCAGGCUGCUGUCCUCCCUGGAGGAGGGGACCUCCUCUCAGCCAGCCACCUCGGCCCAGCUGCAGUGCCCAUGCCCUCCUCACGGGAGCACACGCCCAUGGGUGCCCCUCUGCUGCCCCUGCGAGCUGCCUGGGGCAUUUGGUGAUGCCGAUGUGGGCUUGUUUUCUCUUUAUUCCGAACUGUGCCUUGUGAAGGGGCCUCGGUACAUGGUUUCCUCUGUGGGCUGUGACUUCAGUCCAACGGCGCAGUGCACUGAGCGGGCACUGAGCUGGCGUGCCUUCUGGGGAGUAAGGGUUGAACUCUGGUUGCCCCGUCGUGGCAAAAACCAAAGCAUUGUGACAUGUGGCUUCAACAAGCGCUGUCUCGGGUCCUGCUUCCAGGUGUUAAGCUAGCCCCACGUCCCUCCUGAGGAGCCGCAGGUUUCGGUUUAAUGUGUCCAACAGCGAGGCCUGCCUGCCGGUGAGCAGGACCCCAGAGAGGCUGCUGGGAGAUGGCCUGACCCUCCUUUGAGCCCCUCUCUCUAUGCAGGCCUGAAGCGGGCCACUCCUGGACUUUUAUAUUCCUUGAGCCAAUAAAUUCUCCUCUUUCUAAAGCCCA